AUGCUUUACGAACAAGGAGAGACUCAUGACGGACUCAGUGAGUUCGCCAAAAAUACUCGGCUUUUUGUUGAGUUUAUGAUUGUUCAGCAGUCUGGUCACCGAGUCAAAGAUACUCUCGAAGAUCAUCAUACACUUGUAAGCGGAUCUGCUUCCUAUCUGUUUUCGCCAUUCUCAUUUUUUUCCUGGGAAUGUCAGUCGGAGCAUUCCUACAUGCUUCCGUGCUUCCCGACAGUUUUUCGCCUCUCAUCCGGAUCCCGGCUUUCCUUCGGUCUUCAUAUGAUAGAGAACUGAACACCACAAUUGAAGAAAUAAACGAAAAUGAAUUGAAAAACGAAGAACAUGCUGAUCUGGAAUAUCAGAAAACUUCAACGGAGGAUGAGGAUUCUGAGCGAGACGAUCAAGUGGAAAGUUCUGAAAGUUCAAGUUCCGAGGAGAAAAAAAAGAAGACAAAGAGUAAGAAAAAGAUUAUAGAACGAGGCUCAGUGAUCGAAAAGGAGAAGCCGACUGAAGCAGAAGAAAAAAAGAAAAGGAAAGACGAAGAAGAAGAAGAAAAAGGUUUUCUGGAAUCCAACAGAGAAGUAAUAUAACAUUGGGAUAUUCGAAAUUACAGUGUUUUUACAGUGUUCUAACAUCAGCUGGUUCUCUUCCCGGCUUCCUCUCGAUGUGAUUCCUACUGAAUAUGAGUUGACUUUACACCCUAAUCUCUCUACUGGAGUCGUCAAAGCCGAAGUGAUUAUCAAAGCGGAAGUACGUUAAUAUGACUGUACAGUUAAGAAGUCUCACCCAUUUCAGGUACGAAACCGAACCAGACUCCUUGUUCUGAAUGCAGAAAACUUGAACCUGUUGAGUUUCCAAAUAAAGAAGAAUGAUGUCAAACAGAAGGCUGAAUUUGUAACGACUAUUCUGCAUUCUGAGUGAUUCAAUUGGAUUUGUUCAGGUCAAGUGUGAAGUAAUGACGCAAUGGGCGUGGAAGCUGAAACAUAUGCUGCUCGAAGGGGAUACGGUGGAUAUUUCUGUAAAGUAUGAACUGGGAGUGAGUAACGUGUUAUCAGAAGAGAAAUAAUAUAACUGUUCAGAUGAAACCAGAUCUACAAGGAUUAUACUUGAGCACUCACGUUUCACCGGUCGGCGAAAAAACGUGAGCUCAGCACACGAACUGAAAUUGUGACUGUGCUCAUAUUUAGAAGAUCAGCUGCAACUCAGUUUGAACCUACAUUUGCCCGAAAAAUGUUGCCUUGUUUCGACGAACCCAAUUUCAAAGCCACGUUUCAGGUGUCCAUUAUAAGGUAUCUUGUGUGCUUUUCUAAACUAGAACAAGAAUUCAAUUGUUUAGAGAUCCUAAUCAUGUGGCUAGAAGUAACAUGAACUUAUUGGUUUCAAAGGAGAUCAAUAAUAGUCUAAUCAAGGAUGAUUUUGAAAAGUCUGUGAAAAUGUCCACAUAUUUGCUGGCUAUUGCUGUUCUUGACGGAUACGAUUAUGUGCGGCGUUUGACCAGAAAUACGACCAGAGCCAUCGAAGUACGUCUUUAUGCUCCUAGUGAUAUGAUUAAGGGACAAUCUGAAUUCGGACUUGACACUGCCAUCCGAGCACUUGAAUUCUUUGAACACUAUUUCAAUAUCAGCUAUCCACUGGACAAGAUUGGUGAUCAUACAGUAACAUUUCUAACUCAAACUAAAAUUAUCUAGACUUGCUUGCACUUGAUGACUUUAGUGAAGGAGCAAUGGAAAACUGGGGUCUGGUCACAUUCAGAGACUCUGCUCUUCUUUUCAACGAGGAAAAGGCAAGUGCUUCAGCCAAAGAGCACAUUGCUUUGAUCAUUUGUCACGAGAUUGCCCACCAGUGGUUUGGAAACUUGGUGACAAUGGACUGGUGGGAUGAGAUUUUCUUAAACGAAGGAUUUGCUAAUUAUAUGGAAUACAAGUGUGUCGAAGAGUUGUUUCCGGAUUGGCAUAUUGUAUGUUCACCGGAAUAUCUCACUCGAAUUACGUGCUCCUUUCAGAUGACACGUUUCUACGCAGAAAACGUGGCUUUCAGUCAAGAGCCUGACGGAUUUCUGAGUUCUCGAGCUAUAGAAUCAGACGAUAAAGAAAGCUUAUUGAAUCUUUUCGAUGCGAUCAACUACCAUAAGGCAGCUGCGAUAAUCCACAUGGUAGCUGAAAUGGUUGGACAACACAACUUCCAGAAAGCUUUGAUUGAAUACCUGAAAAAGUACGAGUACUCUAAUGCAAAAGGAGUGGAUUUGUGGACGAUUGUUGGAAAGGUAAACGAGUUAGAGGUAAUCUUACUUUGUCAAAACACAAAAUGCAUUUCAGCAUGCUAAUCUUCAUGGUGUCGUCUCUAUUCCCGAACUAGCUAGGGCUUACACUACACAAGUAGGAUAUCCAUUGGUCAGUGUAGAAAGGAAUGGCAAUACCAUCAAAAUUCAUAAUCAAACCCGAUUCCUUUUCGCUGAGGGCGACGACUUGGAAAAAGAAAGAGGGAAUGCGAAGUGGCCGAUUCCAAUUAGCUACAAGUAUUCGCUAUUGAAAUUAAAAUCUAAAAAUUGUUUAAAUUCAGAGUCAAAGACGAAGCGAGUCCAAAGCUGCACUGGCUUCAGAAAGACGAUGAGAAUGGUUGGAGGGAGUUGGAUCACUUUUACAAACAUUAUUUCAGUUGAAUGGGAAACCACGUCAGAUGAGUGGAUGAUCCUAAAUACCGGAGGAAUCGGUUACUUCAAAGUCAUUUAUGACGACGAAACUUAUAGGAAACUGAUCGAGCAAUUCGCAAAAAAUCAUACUGUAUAAUAACUACGACACGGUACCAAAAGUACGAUUAAACAUUUUCAGCAAAUUUCUCCGACUGACAGAUCGAUGAUAUUAGUGGAUUCGUAUGAUAUUGCUAGAACUUCUCUUCUGAACAUUAGUGUUUACUUUGACCUUGUAGAAUAUGCGGACAGUAUGUUUUCUCGAUCAAAAUGAAUUUUCGAAGAAAUCUAUUCGUUUAGAAGAGGGAGAUAAAAUGGUAUGGUCAAUCAUAAGUAAACAACUGCGGAUCAUUGAGUCGCUGAUCGAAGAUGCCGACUAUAUUGAUUUGUUCAGAGAUUUCCAGAGAACUCUCAUCAUGCGACUUUAUGAAACUUUGAAAUGGGAUGAGAAAGGAGCAACGCCCAACCAGAAAAGAAUGCAGGUAUUCUAAAAUUGCCAAACCAUACACUUCACACAUCACUUCUGUCUCCAACCGGGGAAAACUGCAGAGUUUGCCUGUAUUAAAGACAGCAGGUACCACAAGAGAUCGCGGGAAAUGGAGAUGUUUUCAUUUGGGUAAUAUCGAAAAAGUUAAGAUUGACGUCCUCGAGAUGGCUUGUCGUCUGAGAAUUAGAGACUGCACAAAACAAGCGUAUCAGCGAUACUUGAUCUGGAUCACAAACGGAACUCGGUUUGUCAUCGACUCGACUCCUCGCAUAAAUACACUUUGUUCAGGAACCCGGAGCAUCAUUUGAUUGCCCUAGCAGAAGGCAUCAAGCAGGGUGGAACCACAGCCUGGCAACGCGUAAAUUGAGACCAUUAUUCGCUCUUGGAAUCAGUUGUUCUAUUUUCAGAUUUGGAGUUCUUACAGAUCUGCAGUUAGUCCUUCAGAAAGGAAUAAUAUCAUUGGUGCUCUCACUUCGACCAGAGAUGUUUCGCUUGUGAACAGGUUUUAUUGAGAUUGAUUAAAAUACAAAUCUAGCGUUUAAAGAAUUCUGAAAUACUGUCUGGAAGGAAAAAUCAAGCCGAACCUUAUUCCACGUGUCUUCGCAGGCUUCGCACUGGAUCAAGUUGGUCGAAACGCGGCAUGGAAGUUUUUCAAGGAUCACUACUCGCAGUUUCAUUCAUUGUUUGUUCUAAGCCUAUGCGAAGAGAACAUUGAACAUGUAAUUUCAGAAUGGGAAAAGGCUCAACUUUGCUUGGCAGUUGUGUGAAAUGCUUGGCUGAAUCGCUUGGCACUGAUAGAGAGCUGAAUGAACUCAAAGAGUUCUUGCGGAUCAAAAAGGUGAUCACACGAUCAAACCUACUAAACCUUUCGUUUUUUAUCAGUUCGAAUACGGCCAAAUCAAAAUGGAAAUGACCUAUGAGCAAAUAAAACUGAACAUUCAAUGGCGGAAGUUGAACGAAGAGCAACUUGGAAUUUGGAUGAACAGCUGGGACGAGCGUAGGAGAUCGUUGUACAGGAGGAAGAGGCACAGACACAAUCAUGAAACCUAUCAUCGUUUUUGA